ACGCUCACGAUGAUGCCAGAGACAUCAGCUCAUGAGUCGUCCCACCUCCAGCUUCUCUCGAAUCCAAGGAUAAACGCAUAAAGGCUUGAAUCGCCUCGAAGUCUUCUGCCUUGUUCUUUUUCCUGUUGUUUUGACACAAACAAACAAUCAUCAAACUCGACUACUCUGAACUUCGUGAUACCCCUCACAUAGAGGUUCUUUUGUACAUUUUGAGUUGCUGCGUGCAGCACGAACAUUUCCCCCGACAUACAGACACAUACACGCAAACUACACCGACUUUAUUCUUUCUCUCUUUUUCUGUAAUAGACACCACACACCAACGUCAAGAUGAAUUCCCGUAUGGAAUUCACAGAUCGUGGCGAGAAGGCCGUCCAAGAUGCCAUGGCCCUCGCCGAGCAAUACGCCCAUUCUCAACUCCUACCGGUUCACCUUGCCGUUUCUCUCCUAGAUCCUCCGGCAGAUCUGAGCAAAGACCAACAAAACGGCCCUCCGGCCAGCCCGUCGAUGUUUCGUCAGGUCGUCGAGAGAGCGCACGGUGACCCUCAGGCCUUCGAUCGUGCCCUCAAGAAGACACUAGUUCGCCUCCCUAGCCAAGAUCCUCCGCCUGAUCAUGUCUCUGUGGCACCGAGUUUCCAUAGUGUCUUGAGGAAGGCACAAGAACUUCAAAAGAUUCAGAAAGACACCUUCAUCGCCGUCGACCAUCUCAUCACCGCGUUGGCGGAGGAUAAUACCAUCCAAUCCUGCCUCAGGGAGGCCAACAUUCCGAAAUCGAAGUUGAUCCAAGAUGCCGUAUCUCAGAUCCGAGGCACUAAGCGCGUCGACAGCAAGACUGCCGAUACAGAGGAAGAACAUGAAAACCUGGCCAAGUUCACCAUCGACAUGACCGCCAUGGCCCGGGAUAAGAAAAUGGAUCCGGUCAUUGGCCGAGAAGAAGAGAUUCGACGUGUUAUCCGGAUUCUAUCCCGCCGAACCAAGAACAACCCCGUCCUCAUCGGAGAACCUGGCGUUGGCAAGACGACCGUUAUUGAGGGUCUCGCUCAGCGCAUCGUCAACCGAGACGUCCCCGAUAACCUGAAGCACUGCAAGCUGCUCUCGCUCGAUGUGGGCGCGCUAGUGGCCGGCAGCAAAUACCGCGGAGAGUUUGAGGAGCGUAUGAAAGGCGUACUCAACGAGAUUGAGAAUUCCAAAGACACAAUUGUUCUCUUUGUGGACGAAAUUCACCUGCUGAUGGGCGCCGGGUCCUCAGGCGAAGGUGGAAUGGACGCGGCCAACCUGUUGAAGCCUAUGUUGGCUCGUGGACAGCUGCACUGCAUUGGCGCGACAACUCUAGGUGAAUACCGCAAGUACGUCGAGAAGGAUGCGGCCUUUGAACGCCGAUUCCAGCAGGUCCUAGUCAAGGAGCCGACGAUUUCCGAGACCAUCUCGAUUCUUCGAGGUCUCAAGGAACGAUACGACCGUCACCACCGAGUCACCAUCCUAGACAGUGCCCUGGUAGCUGCAGCCAAUCUUGCGGGCCGCUACCUCACACAACGGCGACUUCCCGACUCGGCCAUCGAUCUAGUUGACGAAGCGGCUGCGGCAGUCCGGGUCGCCAGGGAGUCGCAGCCCGAGAUCAUCGACUCUUUGGAGCGCAAGCAUCGCCAGAUCAUGAUUGAAAUCGCUGCCCUCGAGAAGGAGAAAGACGAGGCCUCCCAGACCCGUCUCGCUCAGGCUCGGAAGGACGCCAAGAAUGUCGAGGAAGAACUCGAGCCUCUUCGGCAGAAGUAUCUGAGCGAGAUUAAGAGGGGCGAGCAGAUCCACCAGGCCAAGACAAAGCUCGACGAACUUGAGAAACGCCUCGAGGAUGCGGCCAACGCAGGCGACCACGCCAAGGCUGCCGACCUUCAAUACGGUGCCAUUCCGGAACAGCGUGCUGUCAUCAAGGCUCUCGAAGCUAAGAAGGCAGCUGCCGAUGCGGCACUUAGCGCAUCCGGACACGACACCGGCGGCUCCAUGGUCACGGAUAUUGUCACCGUCGACCACAUUAAUGAGAUUGUCUCUCGCUGGACCGGCAUUCCCGUCACCCGGCUCAGGACCACCGAGAAGGACAAGCUCUUGCAUAUGGAGAAGGUGCUGGGGAAGACUGUGGUAGGUCAGAGGGAGGCCGUACACGCCGUCUCCAACGCUAUCCGGCUGCAGCGCUCCGGCCUAAGCAACCCGAACCAACCUCCGAGCUUCUUGUUCUGCGGCCCAUCCGGCACCGGCAAGACGCUGCUUACCAAGGCUCUUGCCGACUUCCUCUUUGACGACCCCAAGGCGAUGAUCCGUUUCGACAUGUCCGAGUACCAGGAACGCCAUGCUCUGAGCAGAAUGAUCGGAGCCCCCCCGGGCUACGUCGGUCACGAUGCUGGCGGUCAGCUUACUGAGGCCCUCCGCCGCAAGCCUUUCUCCAUCUUGCUCUUUGACGAAGUGGAGAAGGCGGCCAAGGAAGUCCUCACGGUACUCUUGCAGCUCAUGGACGACGGCCGCAUCACGGACGGCCAAGGUCGCGUCGUGGAUGCGAAGAACUGCAUCGUGGUCAUGACGUCCAACCUGGGUGCCGAAUUCCUCAACCAGACCAACCGUGAGGGCAAGAUUGACCCCACUACGCGUGAGCUGGUUAUGAAUGCGCUCCGUAACUGGUUCCUGCCCGAGUUCCUCAACCGUAUCAACUCGAUUGUCAUCUUCAACCGGCUCACUCGCCGCGAGAUCCGGAACAUCGUCGACCUCCGUCUCGUCGAAGUUCAGAAACGGCUCGCUGACAACGACCGCAAGGUCACCAUCGAAGUCUCGGACGAGGCCAAGGAUUAUCUGGGCAAUGCGGGCUAUUCGCCUGCGUACGGUGCCCGGCCGCUCCAGCGUCUCAUCGAGAAGGAGGUGCUCAACCGGCUUGCCAUCCUCAUUCUUCGAGGCCAGGUCCGCGACGGCGAGACGGCACGCGUCGAACUCAUCAACGAUAGGAUCGUUGUGCUCCCGAACCACCAGGACAGCGAGAUGGUCUCGGAGGACGAAGACAUGGAAGAAGACGCGGUGGACGAGGUGGCUGGAGACGAGGAGAUGGAUAUCUAUAGUUAAGACGUCGGAGUUGAGAGUGUCUAUCUAGGUAGACAGGGAAGGGAGGGACAGUUGACGACUUUUAUUGAGGUUUAAUGAUUGGCACGGCUGUUAUGGAAAGACGGAUAUUGUUUUUGAGACUUUCUGGUCAGUGGAAGCGAGCAAAGGGAACCCAUGGACACGGACGUAUCGAGGCGUCCCAGGAGGAAGUGCUCGAGGCGCUAGGGGUGGUACACAGUCUUUUCUUCUGCCUUUCUUUUUCUUUCCUCUUUUUUCUUUUCUUUCUUUCUUUUGCUGACGGACAUGGUGGACAUGGCAUUCGGUUCCGACUUCACAUAGGGAACCCAGGAUCGUGUGAUAUAGUAACCGGGUACAUUAACAAUAGAUCAUCUAGAUCGAAUGGUGUUCAGUACCAAUGCGCAAGAGUGAUGAUCCCUGGGCAUG